GAGACAGAACGCCUGAGCCCUCCGGACCCGCUCCUCCCCGGGUGGCUCUGACCGUGACCUCUUCAGAGGCUGUGAGAAGCCAAGCCUGGCCUGGGCGUUGGAAACCUGAGCAGAUGAGGCGCGAGAGGCAGUGCCAGCCCAGCCCCUGGCAGAGUACUGGAGGGCAAAUUCCUUCCCUGGGGAAAGUGAAAGGAAGUGCUUCACACAAGUUCUUCUGAAGUGAUCAGAGUGUGGCCCAGGCCCGGUCCCCUCCGAACCCCUAGCUCAUGACACCUUCCAGAGUUGAGUCAUCCGCACUCCAACUGCCAUCUCGGAGGCAAAGGCAGGGAAAGAGUUGGAGCAAUGUCAGCGGCAGGCGGAAGAAGUGACGGAAAUCAUGCUCAACAACUUCGACAAGGUCCUGGAGCGUGAUGGGAAGCUGGCCGAGCUGGAGCAGCGUUCAGACCAACUCCUGGACAUGAGCACGUCCUUCAGCAAGACCACCAAGACCCUGGCCCAGAAGAAACGCUGGGAGAACAGGCGCUGCCGGAUCUACCUGGGGCUGGCGGUGGGCGGCAGCCUGCUCAUCAUCCUGAUUGCGCUGCUGGCCUUCUUUCUCUCGAACAAGGGGUGAGGGCACGGUGUGGCCUCGGCCUCAGAGCCGGGGGACUGACCCGCCUGGCGUCCACUCCCUCCUGAGCCACUCCGGUGAGCCUCCAAGGCCAUGCAUGCACCGCCACAUCUCCCGUCACCCCACAGACGACCUUUGAGAACAGCCUGGUGACCUUGGUCAUGCCACGCUAGCCCCACCUGGAGCUCAGUAAAAGCUGCUGUUUGUGUGGAAAA